GUGCAGAUUGCCUUAGUUCUGGUUCAGGACCGGACCCACGUAGUUCUGGUUCAGGACCGGACCCAGUUGACGCUCGUCCACGUAUAAUUUUCUAUACUCUGGACGGGAAUGUUCCUGCGUAUGAAUGCAGGUUUCUCUUCUUUUCGAAGAGCUCUCGUGUAAAAACUGGUUCUUGUUGUUGUUUGCACGUCGGUCACUCUGUCGUUGAAGAGGACAGAUGUGCACAUACGUGCACGUGUUUAUAUGUAAAUAUUGAUCCACUUCUUUGGACACAAAAGAUAUUAACGCUUUAUCAAAUAUUUUGUUUUUUAACUUUUGAAAAUAUUUUUUAAAGAAUUAAAAACCUAAGAAGCAAAAAAUUAAAUAUUUUUGAGGACCGAAAAUUAAAACAAGUGUGUAAAAAUGUCAACGACCCGAGCGGAGAGCGUGGGCCCGCUCGUCCUGGGACUGAACAAGCAGAACGGGCAGCUCAGAGGACAAAACAAGUCCGCGUCGGUCCAGGCCGGGCCCCCGGCUCCAGGAAAGACUCUGGGCGCUCCGCAGAAAGUCGGCGGCGCCAACCAGGACGGCGGCAUCAAGUUCGGAGACGACUGGAAAAGAAGCCUCCAUCUGCCGCCGAAGGACACCAGGGUCAAAACCUCAGACGUCACAGCCACCAAGGGCAACGAGUUUGAGGAUUAUUGUCUGAAGAGGGAGCUGCUGAUGGGCAUCUUUGAGAUGGGCUGGGAGAAGCCCUCCCCCAUCCAGGAGGAGAGCAUCCCCAUCGCGCUGUCGGGACGGGACAUCCUGGCUCGGGCCAAGAACGGGACGGGGAAGAGCGGAGCGUAUCUCAUCCCGCUGCUGGAGAGGAUAGACCUGAAGAAGGACCACAUACAGGCCAUGGUCAUGGUGCCGACCCGUGAGCUGGCGCUGCAGGUGAGUCAGAUCUGCAUCCAGAUCAGCAAACACCUGGGCGGAGUCAAAGUCAUGGCGACCACCGGAGGCACCAACCUGCGGGACGACAUCAUGCGCCUGGACGAGACGGUGCACGUGGUCAUCGCCACCCCUGGUCGGAUCCUGGACCUGAUCAAAAAGGGCGUGGCAAAGGUGGACAGAGUCCAGAUGAUGGUGAUGGACGAGGCCGACAAGCUGCUGUCUCAGGACUUCGUGGUGCUCAUCGAGGACAUCAUCAGCUUCCUGGCCAAGAAUCGGCAGAUCCUGCUCUACUCUGCAACGUUCCCCAUCAGCGUUCAGAAGUUCAUGGUGAAGCACCUUCAGAAACCGUACGAGAUCAACCUGAUGGAGGAGCUGACCCUGAAGGGCAUCACGCAGUUCUACGCCUACGUGACGGAGCGGCAGAAGGUCCACUGCCUCAACACGCUCUUCUCCAGGCUUCAGAUCAACCAGUCCAUCAUCUUCUGUAACUCCACCCAGAGGGUGGAGCUUCUGGCCAAGAAGAUCACUCAGCUGGGCUACUCCUGCUUCUACAUCCACGCCAAGAUGAUGCAGGAAUACAGAAACCGGGUGUUUCACGACUUCAGGAACGGGCUGUGCAGAAACCUCGUGUGCACCGAUCUGUUCACCCGAGGAAUCGACAUCCAGGCCGUGAACGUGGUCAUCAACUUUGACUUCCCUAAGAACGCCGAGACGUACCUCCACCGGAUCGGACGUUCAGGGAGGUUCGGUCACCUGGGCCUGGCCAUCAACCUGAUCACGUCGGAGGACCGCUUCAACCUGAAGUCCAUCGAGGAGCAGCUGGUCACCGACAUCAAGCCCAUCCCCGGCAGCAUCGACAAGAGCCUCUACGUGGCCGAGUACCACUCGGCCGGCGGCGACUGCGAGGUGGAGGAGGUGGAGGAGAAACUCGAGCGCCACCUGGACAGCACCUAAAACCGGGCGCCGCCACGCUGCCGGCUCCAACCUCCACCCCUCGUUUUCAGCGCCUGCCGGACCAUCCAGAGGAAACUUUCAGAUUUCCAGCUGUUCCUCGGGUUCUGUAAAAUAUUGUUUUGCACCAAACUCAACUGGACCCGGUUCUGUAGCUCGGCCCGGUGGGUCGAUGGGACAGUUUUUAUCUCCAGCAGGAGAGACGCUCCGGUUCUGACGUUCCACACGUCCACCAGCCUCGCUCCGCCCACUCACACUGCUGUCACUCAAGUGCCUUACUCAGCCCCACGUGCACUCGCUCAGCCACACGUGCACUCCCCCGUUCACGCCCCGCAGCAGCAGACGAGCACACACACGUUCCCGGCUGAGGCGUGUCCUCAGCCACCCUGAAUGUGAAACGUUGCAAUAAAAUAAAAAAUGGCAGCUUAGUUGAAAAACUGCGAGACUGUUUGUGUUUUCCCCUCCCACCAUGAAGAGUAAACAACAACAACAACAACGUGAGAAGACGAGCGAGGCUGUGGGGUUCAGGGGCGGACGGAGU